AUGGCGCGACUUUACGAGGAGAUCCUCGUUGUCCCAGGCAAGAGGCCCCUUCCUGGCAUGGCCCUCAAUAUAAUCAAAAAUGUCAAGGCUAGGGAUCGUAAGAUACUCGAGAUUCUAUUCGAUCCAGAAGAAAAAGCAUUCAAAAUUCUGUGCGAGAGUAACCAUGGAGCUGCAGCUAGUGCUCUUGUCAACAACGUGGUGACGGAGAAACUUACACUCGAUGGAAAUGCUUUCCAACCUCACCAUACAAAGCUUAGGCUUGACGAAUACGACUGUGUGAGGUUCCCUGAGGCUUUUGCUGAGCAGCCCUUUCGAGCGAUGCUCAACCUGUCGAAUAAUACUGGCACGCCGGGCACCCUAGCGAGCAUCAUGUCGAACUGCGGCUACGACAAUGCUCAGCAGGGAUGUGAGAUGAUGGAGAAAAUCACCAAGGCCCUCAUUUCCUGCAAUAUGGCCGGCACCACCAUCUAUUUUGGUGCCAAGACCCAAGCAGACCUGAAUUCGGCUACAUGCCUUUUUCAGUUUAUUUCUGAAGCGCCAGCGAAGAGCUCUCGGUCCAGUAACGGGAGCAGGACGACUCGGACUCCCGGCAUCGGUUUCGGAAGGAAUAUGCCCGGCGAUAUUGCUGCCGCCAUCCAAUUAAACAGAACCAACACCCCGGGCCCACACUCUCGUUGGAGGGACAACGCUGCCAAUCGUGCUGUCAAUCCUGCUGUCAACCGGCCUGUUGAUAGUCAUGUUGACAGAAUCAAGACAUCGCAGAUCCAGGUACAGACCCACCCAGGUAGCCACGGCUACCCCGACAUUGUCGAAACCUGGGUAAAGCCCUUUCAUGGUGCGGCUCGUGCUACCGGCACGGAACCGACCCCAGUACAAGAUCGUUCCGAUGAGGCAACAGCUGACUCUGCGAAGACGGACAAGCUCGUCGACGUUCCCGAGCCGGAACACUCAGUUGAGUCCGACAACUUGUUGGUCGACCGCGGCCAGAUUCCCAACAUCAUGGAUAUGUAG